GACCCUUCUCCCAACUCCUAUCUUCCGAUCGUUUUUGAUCCCGAACCCUUCUCCCAACUCCUCAUCUCACGCGACCUUCUCCAUCCAACUCCUCUCCGGCAAACCCCUCUCUGGAAAACCCCUCUCCGUGAACCACUCCUCCGAACUCCUCUCCGUCAAGACCACACCUUCGUCAAGCGGCAGAUCCCGGUGCUGAGGCGAUCGACCACGACAGAUCGACCCAUCUCUUCGCCUCCUUCGCCCCCGACAUUGAGGCGGUGACUUGUAUGAGGACAAGAUGAGCGUGAGUCCAGUGUCGGCCUCGGACACCCAUGGCAACCUGGACGAGCAGAUCGCGCAGCUCAUGCAGUGCAAGCCGCUCGUCGAACAGGAGAUCUGAGGUUGAGUGGGUGUUUAGCAAUUUACAGAUCUGCGAUGCUGUUAUGGUGUGUGAUUUGGCUGAGAUGUUUGUUUCUAGUGAUUAUUGGGAUCUGCUGUCUAGCGCUUUCGGCAUGAACUCCAAAGGAAGUCCAAAGGAAACCCUUACGAUCUUGCUUCGAAGAGUGUCCAUGUCUUCGUUUGUCGCCGCCGAUCUCGGCCGUCUCCUCCCAGCGCUCUCGGCGACGCAAAGAAAUCCUCGACCAGACUCUCCUUCUUUCAGUUCCGCUUCGAAAUCCCUGAUCUCUUUCUCCUCUUCAUUUCGAGGAGCUCCUUCCACUUCUGCGGAAGUCGGCGCAAGGAAUGGGCGUGCGCCUGUCUUGGCAGCGGGCACCAAGCAUCUGAUGGGCUCGUUGUCGAAGACUGAAGGUCUCAAGUUUGCGGUGGUUAGGGUGCUUUGCGAAAAAGCUAAGGAGGUUUUAAUGGAAGAAAGCAAUGUUCAGGCAGACAUUACUUCUUUUAAGUGGAUACAGGACAGCCGAGAUCAGUACACUAAGGAGCGUCUGGAUUCAGCCAACUGUUCAAUCUGUUCAAAGCUCACAAAGAUCCUAGACAAAAUCCAAUUGCUUAUUCCUGUAAUAGAUUGAGAAAAACAAGCUACUUCUUCAGUAUUGUGGUAGUAAUUACUGUACUGUUUUGUCCCGUUCUCAAGCCGAUAAUAAUAUUUGAGUGUAGCUAGUAGAAGUAAACAUAUUGUUGGCUUCGAGGUCGGCUAGUAAUUUUGUGCUCUUUUGUUUUAUUUGUGAAUAUCACUAUCUACUUUGAAACAAAAUUAGUGUUAAUUUUGAUA